AUGCCUUUCCCUGAUGAUGAUUCGUUACGUGAUGCUACUAAUCGUCUAAUCAAUGAAGAGCUAUCACACGGCGUAGAUCAAGUAGAAGCUGAGUUUAAUAAUUUGCAUCAAUGUUUGACAGAUGAACAACGAUCUGUUUUUUACGAAAUAAUGUCAGCAGUUGCAAGCCGUAAAGGAGGGUUAUUUUUCGUCUAUGGUUACGGUGGAACUGGAAAAACGUUUUUAUGGAAGACUUUGUCUUCAGAAGUUCGAUGUAGAGGUGAGAUAGUUUUAAAUGUUGCUUCAAGUGGCAUUGCUUCGUUAUUACUUUCUCGUGGAAGGACAGCCCAUUCUCGCUUCCAUAUCCCAAUUAAUCUGACUGAAGAUUCCAUGUGUCAUAUUAAGCCAAAUAGUGAUAUCGCGAAAUUAUUAAAGGAAACUCAAUUGAUCAUAUGGGAUGAAGCACCGAUGGUCCAUAAACAUGCCUUUGAAGCUUUAGAUAGGACGAUGUCUGACGUAUUUUCUGAAGGUAGGAGUAUUCGCUCUGAUGUUCCGUUCGGAGGUAAAGUUUUUGUAUUCGACGGUGACUUUAGACAAAUCCUACCAGUUAUUCCUAAUGGUACUAGACAACAAAUAGUUUGUGCUUCUUUAAGCUCUUCAUAUAUAUGGUCAAAGUGCAAAUUGUUAUGGUUGACUAAAAACAUGCGCCUAACAAUUGGAGCUGAAAGUUUUGAUAUGGAGUCUAUCAGGGAGUUUGCGAAAUGGCUGCUUGAUAUUGGUGAAGAUAAGUUGGGAGAUGAUAACGAUGGUGAAGCAAUUAUUCAGAUACCAGAUGAUCUAUUAAUCACCGAUAAUUCUGAUCCAAUACAAAGCUUAAUUGACUUCGUCUACCCUUCAAUUAUGGAACAAUUUCGGAAUCCUGGUUUUUUUUCUGAGCGAGCAAUUCUAGCACCAAAAAAUGACGUAGUUCAUGAAAUUAACGAUCGAUUGCUUUCGUUAUUUCCAGGUGAUGCUAAAGAGUAUUUGAGUUCCGAUAGCAUAUGUUAA